UUUGGCUUUGAGAUUUGGGUGGCCUUCUGUAAGGUGUAGGAGGCGUAGUCCAGCUUGGGCAUAAUAAUUCUCAAAAGGAGAACAAGUACGCAUCCAUCAGAUACAAACCAGAAUGUCCACUGAAGGUGCUGUGAAACAUUGAGGCUCAAGAGUAGAACAGCCCAGAAUGUCCAGAGCCAAGAUCUUGGCCUUCAACAGCCUCAGAGGUUUGAGCUCCCUGUUUUUUGGCAAACAGGUGAGAGGAAGUUCCAGGUGUCAGCAGAUGAUACCAGAAAGAACAUGCACUGGGGGUUCCUGUGUUCUAAGAAAUAGGAAUAAAUCCUUACAUCCGCUCUGGAAGAGCCCCAUAUCGGUACCAGGAGGCACUCAGCAAUCUCCUAUCAAUAUCCAGUGGAGGGACAGUGUCUACGACCCUCACCUGAAACCCCUGAAAAUCUACUAUGACCCAUCCGGUUGUCUUCAUGUAUGGAAUACAGGAUACUUGUUCCAGGUUGAAUUUGAUGACUCUACAGAUGGGUCAGGCAUUAGUGGUGGACCUUUGGACAAUCAUUACAGACUCAAGCAGUUCCACUUCCACUGGGGAGAAAUGAAUGAUUGGGGCUCAGAACACACAGUGGACAAUCAAGUCUUCCCAGCUGAGCUUCAUUUAGUACACUGGAAUCCUGCCAAAUAUCGAAAUUACAAAGAAGCAGUAAUGGGAGAAAGUGGUUUGGCUGUAAUAGGAGUAUUUUUGAAGGUGGGUAGGGAGCACAAAGAGCUACAGAAGUUGGUCAAUGUCUUACCAGAAAUUAAGCAUAAGGAUACUCGCGUGGCCUUUGACAGAUUUGAUCCCUCGUGUCUUUUGCCCUCCUGUCAAGAUUAUUGGACCUAUCCUGGAUCUUUGACCACCCCACCACUUACGGAAUCUGUCACUUGGAUCGUUAAGAAAAAGCCUAUUGAGGUUGGUCAUAAUCAGCUAGCUGAGUUUCGGAAGCUACUGUUUUCUGCCCUUGGGGAGGAAGAAAAGAAGAUGGUGAACAACUUUCGUCCACUUCAGCCCCUCAUGAGUCGUACUGUCCGGUCGUCUUUCCUAGCAUUUUGAAACACAGGACUCAUCUCCAGAUAGAAUCUCCCUCUCACACCCCCCAAUCAAGCUGUGUGUAGCUGUCUUUAAGAAGGAGCCAGUGUGAUAUGUCAGUAUUCUGAUUUGCUAAGAAUGGAAGGAUGGAAAUUGAUGUGAGAUUCACCUCCUCACAGGUUUAACUUGGCCUAUGCCACUAUAAACUAAGAAAAAUGGAUCCAUUUCAUCCAUCCAAUUGAUAUAUUUGCUCCUUCAUUGGGUGAUUUUUUCAUUCAGUCAUUUCAACGUGCAUUUAUUAAGUACCUACUGCUUGUAGAGCACUAUUCUAAGUAUUGGGGGACAUUAGAGCUUAAAUGACACAGCCUUUGCCUUCUUAGAACUCGUAGCCUACUAGGAUGAUAAGACACAAACACAUAGAUGACCAUGGUAUACAAUAUUCUGUGAUAAGCUUGUCUGAGACAAUAUAACAAUACAAUAUAAUAAAACAAUAUAAUAAUCUGA